AUGGUUGUGAUGCAAGUCAGUGAGGAGCUGCAUAAACCCACAGCGUCUGCCCUGGCGCUGUUCCUGGCAGCAUCCUUUGUCGCCUUCUCCUGGAGUGCCCCUCAGGCUCAUUUCCAAAGGAGAAACUGGACUCCUCAGGCCAUGCUCUAUUUGAAGGGUGCACAGGGACGUUGCUUCAUCGCAGAUGAGAGCCAGAGGAAGGACCUGUAUGACAGAGUGCAUCUUGAAACACGCAGCCAUAACACAAAUCCUUUAUCCCUUUCUGAAGCUGCUGCACUGUUUCUUACUUCCUUACAGAAAGCACAAGAAGUGGAAGAAGAAAACAGUGAACACCCUGGCUACUUGACAGACAGUCUGUUAAAUUGGUGA